UUACCUUUUCAGAAGAUGCUGUAGGAGCAAAGGGAUAGACCAAGGAUGGGAACCCUGAGGAGUAGACCCUGAGAUGCACGUGUAAUUCUUUAUAUUUUUAAAUCAUUUUCAUGUCUAUGAUCUCAUUUUGCAUAUCACAGCCACUCUGUGUAUGCAGGGGACACAUUUUUUUCUACUUUACUGAUGAGAAAACUGAGGCAUGAAAAGUUACAGCAAUUUACUCUAGAUCGCAAAAUUCUAUAUUAGUCCAUGUUCAGGAUAGAUUAUAUCACACAGCAAAUUCAGAAAUUGCUUUCCUGGUAUUUCAAAUUUUAAACCAGUGUCAUGAACAGACUAUUAGGAGGGAAAGAUAUUUUCCUUUAUUUUAUACUUGAACCAUAUGGCUAUUUCAAUAUUUUUUUACUUAACCACAAUUUCUCUAAAUUUCAUUGUUCAUGUUGAAGCAUUUGACUAAAAUAUAGCAAAACUACUGUGCCUUUCAAGGGGGUCAAAAUGUUUUCUGUGGAUGGAAACGUGUCAUGUGAAUAAAGAUGAAAGCAGCUUUGUUGUACUCCUCUUCUGGGAAUCUUUUUAGGGAUAUUACCAAAGUCAAGAAUAGAUCAGAAAUGAAGAAAAGAUGGGAAUAAAAGAAUAGCUUUCAUGGAAAAUUGAAAUCAUUCCUUUAAAGUUCACAAUUUCCACCCUGAUGAUAGAUCCCCAGCCUUGCAGGAUGGGCUCUUCCUAGAUAGAAAGGUGACAGCCACGAGAGGAUUUUGAUGCAACUGUGAUUGAUGUCGGCAGGUCCAGACAGUGAUACUUUAUUACGAAUUUAAUGGACAUUUAUUAAGCUGAUUCCAUGGGAGCAGCCCUGGGCUAGAUGGGGCUAGUACAUACAAAAGGAAGAUGCAAUCUAUGAAGGUUUGGGGCACCAGUUAGGGAUCGAAAUUCCACUGAUUUGAGUUGUUGCACCCUCAUUCCAUGCCAGGUGCUCUCAACACCAUCAUUUUGUGUCUGCCUCCCACAAGCCCUGACUGAACAGUAUGAUUCUCCCUCAUGCAAGGUGAGGGUACAUGGAGAGAUUUGGUGACUUCCCCAGGGACGAGGUGGCUGCCCCAGGUCUUUUGUAUCCAACUAAAAAACUCUUGUUUCUCAGCCAGACAGGAAAGAGCUAGAGAAUAAUGGAGUCGCAGCCUAAAGUUGGGACAUGUGUCUAAUAUGCAGAUUUAUGCUUUCAGCCAUGAUGCCGGAAUUCAAAAUGAGAGCCAGACCCUUGUGGGCCAGUGUUCUCACCUACGCUUCAUAGAGAAGACAAAACAUGAGCAUUUCAGUGCUUCUUUAAUAAGUGAAGUGGUUGUGGAAAUAUUUGCAAGGAGGAAACACCUUUUUAGUAGAGAAGUUUCCUUGGCUAGUUAACAGAACCUUUUCUUUCUUGGGUUAAAUGUAGUCACUUCUAUUAUAUCCUGAAGCGUCUGGCUCUCCCAGUACAGACAUGUGAACACUGCCACGGGCCUGGAAUGUCUCAAGAGGGUAAGAAUAGCCCGCAAUGAGAGAUGACUCCUGCUGUCUUCUGGUCACUGCAGUUGUCAAGAACACUUUGCCUCAGAGGCCAACAGCUCAGGGCCGUCUCUGCUCGGAGACAGAAAAACUGACCUCCCAUUCCUGGGCUCACAGCUUUCCCUUUAUAUCUGCAGCUCUCACCUUUAAGUCUUUUGUAGCAGUACGUUUAUUGAUACGUUUAUUCCUGCAAAGAUUUUCCACCUUCUUGGAGAAGUGUUCUUGGAGAACACAGGCUUCCGAUGUCUCCAGCAGCCUUGAGUCUGCGACACUCAGGAGACAUGGAACGUUUGGACCUGCUGGGAUUCCUUCUCAUCACUGUCAACUGCAACAUGACCAUUGUGGGGAAGAUCUGGCUUAUCUUCAUGAUACUGCUGAGGAUGGUGGUGAUCAUCUUGGCAGGCUCCCCGGUCUACCAGGACGAGCAGGAGAGUGUCUACGUGGUCCACAAAGGGGCUGUGCUCGCCGCCCGUGGACUCUCCGGGCCAGACGGCGGUCCCACCCGUCCUGACCCCUGUGACCAGAGCCCUGGGGACAGGCGCCGCCCUCCGCCCUGCAGGGAGCCGCGCCACCUGACCGUGCCGGACUUCUCCUCCAGCUACAUCGUCCACCUCUUUCUUCGGAUGCUGACCGAGGCAGCUUUUGGUGCCUCACAUUACCUCCUCUUUGGAUUCUUGGUCCCCAAGAAAUUCUCUUGUACCCACUCUCCCUGCACCGGCGUGGUGGACUGUUACGUCUCCCGGCCCACGGAGAAGUCCAUUAUGAUGCUUUUCAUGUGGGCAGUCAGUGCGCUCUCCCUGCUGCUCAGUGUGGCCGACCUCAUCUGCAGCGUGCGCUGGAGGACAAGCGGGGGCUGGGGCCCCGCCGAAGAUCCCCUGGGCCCCGCCGCCGGCCGCCGGCUCUCCGGGAGCCUGGGCGCUAAGCCAGGUCAGAUGUCCCGCGACGGUGGGUGGGUGGAGGAGGGAGCGCCCAUCCACCUCGGCCUGUGGACUGGAGGGGAGGGUGCCGACAGCCCCAGUGGUAAGUCGGCUGUGUCAGGGCGGAUGGGGCUUCCCGAUGAAGAUGAGAGCGAGGUGAUAUCCUCUGCCAGCGACAAGCUGGCCACGACUUGCAAGGAGCCCGGGAGUAGGCCGCACGGAGAGGUCUCCCAGGACCCCAGGUGUGAAGGUCCCACAAGGUCAGAGGAGCAUCCCUUAGCGUCUCGGAGCCGGCUUGGCCGGCGCUAUCCAUGUGGUCAGCUACAGCCCCCCGACGGGCUCGCCAACUCCAGAUCCAGAAAGUCUGAGUGGGUCUGAAGAGGGAAUGCCGGGCAGCCCCGGGGCGCACCGUCCUCUCCAAAUGGGACGUGGCUCACGAAGACGCAGACUCACUUUGGCCCGUGUGAAAGUUUACCCACUAGGUUCCCGGAGAACAUCAACAGGCAGAAAGGCGAGCCGCCAUGGGACACAGAGACUUCGUGGGAGGCUAAUAUCCUCGAGAUACAGAUUUAAUUUAGAUAACAAUUUCUCUUGACAAAAGCACUUGACAUUGUGCUUUUGACAAUGUGACUGGAAGCUAAAAUGAUUAAUUGGAGAGUGUCAGGUGACAGAUGAUGCUACACUGUUUUGUUUUUUUUUUUUUAACCAUAGUAUGUGCUUAAUUAAAGCAUGUUGUCUUACAUUAAUAGAGCUCAUUCAUGUUAUAAUGUUUCCUGGUGAGUUAUUACGAAGUAUUUUUUUUUUUAUUUGGUUUUGGUUUGUUUUUCUGUUUGGCUAAAAGAGGCAUCUGAUAU